GCAGAGACCGGCAGCAGGAGCGUGUCUGGCUGCGCCAUCAGGGCUUCCCCUGUGUGUUUCCUAGAGCCAGCUCUGAAUGAGGACAACCCUUACUCCAUCUACAACACCAUGAGCCCCAUAGAGAAAGAGGGUAACCAUACACACACCUACUACAGUCUCACACACUACACACUGUGCUUCACUGCACACAUUGGUUGUGUGUCUAUUUUGUAUUUUUCAUUAACUCUAUUUAGUUAGCUGAGGCAUUUUUAGCUGUCCCUUCUCCUCUGUUUCAGAUGUGGGAGUUCCAGAUGAGGUGGAGGAGGUGUGUCCUCUCUUUCCCUCUCUGCAGCAGCUUCUGGGGGAGGUGGAGGAGCUGGCAAGGGGUGUGCCAGGCCCAGUACAGCAAUGUCACAGAGGUCACCUGCCCUUGCUCUGCAGCUACAUGUCCCUCUGGUGGCAGCACGGCCCUGAGGGCCAGCUGGAGAGCACGGUCUGCACCUCUCACCUCCCAGCACACCAGCAUACAGCUGGGCAACGUCCUCCGCAUCAUCCACAACCACCUGGGAACAGGCCAGGGAGACUGGAUGAAGUGCCUGGCAGGUAGCCCUAUACUGCUCUGUCUUUCCCAUCUGCAUCUACUGUUCACCCUCAGACUGAUAUAUUAGUUGCCAUCACAGCCCUACACAGGAUCCAGUAGUCUUCUUAUGCCAACUUGCAUGUUUGCCUCAUAGCCUCAAUCACUCACUAUUACUCGUUGUCUGUGGCACCAUGAAACAGUGUUAAUUCAAUCACUUUCAGGCCUAAUUUCCCAGUUGUUUCAUCUAGACUUUACUUCCACUCAUGGCAUGAUUGUAUCCAUCAGUUAUCUCAUUCAAAAGCACUAAUUGUCAGUUUCUCUGAAUAAAAGCGUCUGCUUAAUGACUAAAUUAAUUGUAAUCCUUCUCUUCAGUUUUCUCUCAGCCAAUCAUCUGCCAGGCCCACCCCCAGCUGCUGAGGAACCACUUGCUGCCUCUGAUGGAGAAGCUGAAGAAGAGGGUGGAGUCUGUGCUACAGGAGGAGGAGCAGAUGAAGGCCGAUGGGCGGAGUGAUGCGUCCUAGGCGGUGCUACUGAUUCAGGAGAAAUUAAUUGUGCUGGUGCAAGACCUUUUACCCUCUCCUCAUCCCAUUUGUGGACUACAAUAGGUGAGGGGUGCUGUCCAGGGGCUGGGUAUGUGGGAAGGAACAUUAUGUUAUUGAAUACAUAGAAAACCAGUAAUGAAUCAACAUGCCACCAAUGACUACAAACAUUUAAAGAUUAUAUUUUGACAGCAUGAAUAGUGGCGAUUUCUAAUGAUUUUUACACCUGAGAUUCUGACAAUAUUAUAAUGUGUUCAUGCAUUUUGAUUACAGCUCUCAUGUUGUUUCAGAACAAGUUGGCUGCGGGAACUGAACCAUGAGGCUGAAAGGUUGUUCGGCAUGAUGGCAGAGAUCUUCAUAUUUUGGGCUAAGUCUCACGUGAGAUGUUCUCACCUGUAACUCGUUUGAUUUGCUACUGCAGAACUUCAAAUGGAAGAAACAUAACUAUGUGUUUCAGAAUGAGAUCUAA